CUAGCCCCGUCAGAGCGAGAUUGGUUGUCGUUGGCCAUCACUCUGGAAAAGAGGGUUGAACCGAUAACUAUCGACAACGAAUGAUAGGAAAUAAGAAUGUCGGAAUGUCUUUGUUGGACGACAGUCUACCUAUGCUUCGGGACUGAAUGCGAUAGCGAUGAAAAUAUAAUGACCCAGAUCUCAUCUUGGUUUUCCGGAUGCCAUAGACGGUUGGGGACAGGAGGAAAAACACAGGACAGGGUGAACAAUACUCAAAGUUUAAUCGCUUCCAUCUGGAACGGCAGACCUCUCCUGCCUUGCAGGUGUUGAGACCACAGAAGGUUUCGAGUCUUUCGUACCUUACCUAUCGCAUCAACUUGUCCAAGUCCGAGGGUUGUUCAAACAGAUGUACCAACGGCAAGAAC